AUGGCUGUCGGAAAGAAUAAGAGACUAUCCAAGGGUAAGAAAGGUCAAAAGAAGAGAGUCGUUGACCCAUUUACCAGAAAGGAAUGGUUCGACAUUAAAGCUCCAUCCACUUUUGAAAACAGAAAUGUUGGUAAGACUUUAGUUAACAAGUCCACUGGUUUGAAGAGUGCUUCAGAUGCUUUGAAAGGUAGAGUUGUCGAAGUUUGCUUGGCUGACUUGCAGGGUUCUGAAGACCACUCUUUCAGAAAGAUCAAAUUAAGAGUUGACGAAGUCCAAGGUAAGAACUUAUUGACCAACUUCCACGGUAUGGACUUCACUACCGAUAAAUUGAGAUCUAUGGUCAGAAAAUGGCAAACUUUGAUCGAAGCUAACGUUACCGUUAAGACUUCCGAUGAUUACGUCUUGAGAAUCUUUGCUAUUGCCUUCACCAGAAAGCAAGCUAACCAAGUUAAGAGACACUCUUACGCUCAAUCUUCCCAUAUCAGAGCUAUUAGAAAGGUUAUCUCUGAAAUCUUGACUAAGGAAGUUCAAGGAUCUACCUUGGCCCAAUUGACUUCCAAGUUGAUUCCAGAAGUUAUCAACAAGGAAAUUGAAAACGCCACCAAGGACAUUUUCCCACUACAAAACAUCCAUGUUAGAAAGGUUAAGUUGUUGAAGCAACCAAAGUUCGAUGUUGGUGCUUUGAUGGCUUUGCACGGUGAAGGUUCUGGUGAAGAAAAGGGUAAGAAGGUUACCGGUUUCAAGGACGAAGUCUUGGAAACUGUGUAA